AUGUGGCUUCUUAAUCUGCCCCUGGUGCCCCAGCUCGCUGAGGCGAGUGGAUACGUGUCCUGUGAGACCAGCAUUUCCCCAGCUGUAACAGCGCCCAUGGAGCACACGUCCUCUGCAGUAAUGGGUUCACCCUUCUUCACUCUCAGUUCAGCCUGCUGGGUGGUCACUAUUCUUUCUGUCCAGGUGAUUCAGUUCCACAUAGAGACCUCCAGGAGGAAUGAAAAGGUGGUAAACUGCUUAUACCCAAACCCAAAUGCAAUUUUUCGACUGAUCUGCUUUCCCUGGGCAGGAAGUGGCUCUACUUAUUUUGCCAAAUGGGGCCAAAAGAUUCAUGGCUCACUAGAAGUGCACUCCAUAAGGCUUGCUGGAAGAGAAAAUCGAUCUGACGAACAAGUUCCAAGUGAUAUGUACCAAGUAGCUGAUGAAAUUGCUUGUGCUUUGCUGCCAGUCCUCCAGGAUAAACCAUUUGCAUUUUUUGGCCACAGUUUGGGAUCCUAUAUUGCUUUUAUGACUGCACUACGUCUAAAAGAAAAUCAUAAACUAGAACCAGUGCAUUUCUUUGUGUCAAGUACAUCUGCUCCUCAUUCAAAGUUCCGGCCUCGCAUUCCAGAAGGAAAAGAAAUGACAGAAGAAGAAAUAUGCAAUCUCCUUGUAAGUGCUGGAUUCACUACCAAAAAUUUUGUUGACGAGGAGCUUUUUCAACUACAUGUUCCCAUACUGCUGGCAGAUUUAUACAUGGCUAAUGCUUACUUCUUUGAUACCCCAUCUGAGGCUGUUCUUUCUUGUGACUUAUCAUGUUUUAUUGGAUCUGAAGAUCAAGCAGUAAAGGAUUUGGAAGCCUGGAAAGAUGUAACCAGUGGAAGUUUUUACAUGCACAAGCUUCCAGGAGGUCACUUUUAUGUUAUGGAACCUACCAAUGAGACCUUCAUCAUGAACUACAUAACCAAGUGUCUAGAACUAUCCACACUUUCCUGUUUUUAGAUAUUUUUCCUUUGGGCCUUAAAAUAGUCAAAGCGAUUAUAUGAUACUCUUCUUAAUUACCCAGAAGUAGCUCAUUGAUUUCAUUCGGUGAUGAAAAAUUAUAUAUUUUCUCUUGUCAGGGUGAUUUGUUAUAUGUAAAUGUUUUUCUCCAUGGUACACUUUUAUGCAUCUAGAGACCAAAGACAGGUAAGAAAAUGUCGUGCAGAAUCCUUUAUCUUCACUUUAGAAUCACCUUAGAUUCUCAUUAGUGGGAAGUUUGUCAACAAAAUUCCUGCUUGGUAAAUUACUCAUUUUUUCUUCAAUUAUUUUAACAGUGGAAAUGAUU